AUGUGCAAUGGUUGGUUUGAGAGUCCACAUAAAACAGCAGCAGAUCUAGACUGCAGGAUUAGAGGAUACACCCGAUCCCAACUAUUUUCACAGGGAUACACCCGAUCCCAACUAUUUCCCAGGGAUACACCCGAACCCAACUAUUUUCACAGGGAUACACCUGAUCCCAACUAUUUCACGGGGAAACACCUGAUCCCAACUAUUUUCACAGGGAUACACCUGAUCCCAACUAUUUUCACAGGGAUACACCUGAUCUCAACUAUUUUCACAGGGAUACACCUGAUCCCAACUAUUUUCACAGGGAAAUACCUGAUCCCAACUAUUUUCACAGGAAAAUACCUGAUCCCAACUAUUUUCACAGGGAUACACCUGAUCCCAACUAUUUUCACAGGGAUACACCUGAUCCCAACUAUUUUCACAGGGAUACACCUGAUCUCAACUAUUUUCACAGGGAUACACCCGAUCCCAACUAUUUUCACAGGGAUACACCCGAUCCCAACUAUUUCCCAGGGAUACACCCGAUCCCAACUAUUUUCACAGGGAUACACCCGAUCCCAACUAUUUGCAGAGGGAUACACCCGAUCCCAACUAUUUCCCAGGGAUACACCCGAUCCCAACUAUUUUCACAGGGAUACACCUGAUCCCAACUAUUUUCACAGGGAUACACCUGAUCCCAACUAUUUUCACAGGGAUACACCUGAUCUCAACUAUUUUCACAGGGAUACGCCUGAUCCCAACUAUUUGUUCAGGGAUACACCUGAUCCCAACGAGAACACAUCCAAACUAGCUCCUGUCAGGGGCUGA